GGUAGCAAUCAUAACCAAAAUGUUCACUUACAUUACAUAUAUAUAAAUCCGUUUCCAUCAACAGAAAAAACAGAGAUGCUCGGGAAAUGGCGACGACUUUAACGUUGACUCUAACAUUCUUCUUGCUACUUCUAGCAACAAAACUUCCGGCUUCACUCGCCGGAAAGUGCACCACCACGACGGCGACUAAAAACUUCGAGAAAUGCAUCUCUCUAUCGACACAACAAGCUUCAAUCGCGUGGACAUACCAUCCACACAACGCAACUCUCGACCUCUGUUUCUUCGGAACAUUCAUCUCUCCUUCCGGGUGGGUCGGGUGGGGGAUUAACCCGGAUACACCGUCGCAGAUGACCGGCUCUCGAGUCCUCAUCGCAUUUCCGGAUCCCAAUUCUGGCCAGCUCAUCCUCCUCCCUUACGUUCUUGAUUCCUCCGUUAAGCUCCAAAAAGCUCCUCUGCUUUCUCGUCCUCUUGACAUCCUCCGUCUCUCCUCCUCCUCCGCUUCUCUCUACGGCGGUAACAUGGCCACCAUCCGUAACGGCGCCUCCGUUCAGAUUUAUGCCUCCGUGAAGCUCUCGUCGAAUAAUACCAAGAUCCACCAUGUUUGGAACAGAGGUCUUUACGUCCAAGGCUACUCUCCCACCAUUCAUCCAACUACGUCCACUGAUCUCUCCUCCUUCUCCACCUUCGAUGUAGCUUCAGGAUUUGCAACGGUUCAUCGAAACAGUGGUUCGAGAGCUCUGAAAGUGACCCACGGAGUAAUCAACGCGGUGGCGUGGGGAUUUCUCCUCCCGGCCGGAGCGGUAACAGCUCGAUACCUACGCCAAAUGCAAUCAGUCGGACCAACUUGGUUCUACAUCCACGCAGCUAUACAGCUAACUGGUUUCCUCCUCGGAACCAUUGGGUUCGCACUCGGAAUCGUGCUAGGCCGAGGUUCCCCUGGAGUGACCUACGGGUUACAUAGGAGCCUUGGGAUAGCAACUUUCACUGCGGCUGGGCUGCAAACGCUGGCUUUGCUUUUCAGACCAAAGACGACCAACAAAUUCAGGAGGUAUUGGAAGUCUUACCAUCAUUUUGUUGGGUAUGGUUGUGUGGUGAUGGGCGUGGUGAAUGUGUUCCAAGGGUUCGAGGUUUUGAGGGAAGGAAGGUCGUAUGCAAAACUGGGAUAUUGUUUGUGUCUGUCGACGCUUUUUGGGGUCUGUGUAGCCAUGGAAGUUAACUCGUGGGUUGUGUUUUGUCGCAAGGCUAAAGAAGAGAAGAUGAAGAGAGAUGGUUUGACCGGUGACGAUAGAUGCGGUGGGAUUCAUUCAUAGUUAGGUCUUUGGUCCUAAUUAUAAAAGAGAGUGUGUGUGUGUGUGAGAAAGAGAGAGGGACAAGACAACAUUUUGUAUAUCUUUGCUUAGUAACUCAUCUUGGUAAUAUACAUUGUUGAGGUGUUUCCAUCAUUGUUCAUAAAAGAUC